AUGCUGCUCGAUACUCCUCAAUCGCAACACCUGCAAUCCGAAAUCGAACAGCUCGAGGCCCGCCUACAUGACCUGCGGGCCCAGCUGGACGCUUCUCAAUACCCGAGUCCUCCUGCGUCCCACCCAGACCAGAAGACACCAUGGACCAUGUCUUCCGGUGAGCAAUUCUGGUUUUUCAGAAUCAGCAAGACGUUCUAUACUAACCCCUCCCCGCCAGAUAUCUAUAAGCACGAUAACAUUCUGAAUAAAUUCCACUCGAGCUCCGUCCGCUCCUCCUCCCUCCAUGCCCUCCUCCUUCUCUCCGACUCGGCCCUCCCAUUGGGCUCCUUCGCAUACUCCAGCGGGCUGGAGUCUUACCUCGCACACAACAAGCCUCUCCGCGCCAACCCCAUAACCUCCUUCCACCGCUUCCUCAAACUCUCCAUCGCCUCCAUCGCCAGCACAUCUCUCCCUUACGUCCUCGCAGGCUACCGCGAACCCGACACCCUCGAAACCCUCGACAACGACCUCGAUGCCUCAACACCCUGCAUUGUCGCCCAACGCGCCAGCGUCGCGCAAGGCCGCGCGCUCAUUGGUGUCUGGGAGCGCGCAUUCCGCAUGAGUUUCGCCGUCCCUGCCGCAACCGAUACCGGCGCCGAGGUAGCCGUCACCGCCAUCGAUGACUUUUCCGACGCGCUCAAGUCCUACAACGACGAAGAUAAUGAAUAUGAUCUCGGCCCCAAGGGUCACUUCGCUCCGCUGUGGGGAGUCGUCUGUCGAGCCAUGGGCUUGGACCUGCACCAAGCGGCGUAUAUUUUCGUCCUGAACCACGCCAAGGCGGUUCUAAGUGCUGCGGUGCGGGCCUCGGUGAUGGGCCCGUACCAGGCGCAGAAUAUCUUGGCGAGUCAGACGCUGCAGGAUACUAUUAUGAAGCGCAUUCAGCGCGAGUGGGAUACGGAGGUUGAGCAGGCGGGGCAGGUGGUUCCUGCGUUGGACCUUUGGGUCGGUCGACACGAGCUGCUUUAUAGCCGCAUUUUCAACUCAUGA